AUGCAAUCUUUGAAAGUGGUUUUCAUCCUGGGAAUCGCGGUUCUAGCUUCCGCACGACCUGUCGAGGACAAUAACGACGUCAGCCUUGACUCUGAUGAAGUGGAGGUGAGCGGAGAGAAAAAAACUGUAAAUCAAGCGCGCUUGAAUGUUUGAAUAAGAAGUGAUGUUUCUACUAAAGCUACUCACCAAAACGGUACAAAUUUCAGCAAUUAUCACGCUCCACAAGGUUUGAAACUGAGGUUUUGAAUUUACAAACGUCUUGAUGGAUUAGAUUUGCUCCUACAUUUUUUACGGGUACAUUACAAGCUCCACACCACCGCAGGAUAUUUGGAAUUUCUGAUAAAAUAAUACACCUUUCAGUUUGUGGGGUGAAGCUGAAAAGAGUUCUUUAGAACGGUAAAAGAUAAAUAGAAAUUUUUAAAAGUGGUAGACGUGUCUUCAAACCUCAAAAUGUUCAUUUACGACGUCCUGCACUUUAUAAGGUACACGACAUGAUUAAGCAUACAGAAUUUCGAAGAAGAAGUUUUAUUUUGUUUGACGUUUGAAGAUGCUGGGAGACGCGCUGGCGGAGGCGUCGGACCUGAAACCCAAACGGAAAGAUCCUGUCGUGGUUGUGAUCGAGGAUGUCGUGGACGACAAAGAGACGGGCAGCGAAGAAACUGAAGUCCAAGAGCUGAUCGAAGAAGCCGACAAACUGGAGGCCGAGCAAGACAAGAAGAACAAAAGAAACAAGAGAAACGCCGACCGUUGCCCAAAAGUUGUCUCCCCAAAAAAAGGAACCACUCCUCGUCUUGCUUGGAUUUAG